CGGAGGUUGUUCUUUCAAACUUGGACGAUCUUAAACGCGCCAGCCGCAAGCGCAAGGUCCACAACCAACUACGACAACAAAGCAAACUAGAAAGCCAGCCGAAGCUGCAGCCCUGCCAGCUGCCCAAUAUAAAUCUCCACCAUUUACUUCCUUCUAUUUCUAUUUUUGGUGAUUCCUUCCGUUUCUUAAUAAUCUCCCAAAUCACACGUCUUUCCCAGCCGGUCUCUGGCUCACCCAGGCAUCCCUAUGCCGGAGAUCGAGGAAGUCCCUCCGGCUUCGGCCGUAUCGGAACCUCCGUUAUUCGGCAAAUACGAAAUCGGACGACUUCUGGGCUGUGGCGCAUUUGCAAAGGUGUACCACGCUAGGGACGUCAGAAAUGGCCAAAGCGUGGCCAUCAAAGUCAUCAACAAGAAGAAAGUAUCCAGCACCACCUUGAUGUCCAAUAUCACGCGCGAAAUCUCCAUCAUGCGCCGGCUGCGCCACCCCAACAUCGUUAGACUCCAUGAAGUACUCGCCACCAAAACCAAGAUUUAUUUUGUCAUGGAGUUUGUCAAAGGCGGCGAAUUAUUCGGGAAGAUUUCCAAGGGCCGCUUCUCGGAAAAUCUCGCCCGUAAAUAUUUCCAGCAGCUGAUCUCCGCCGUCGGUUACUGCCAUCUAUACGGGGUUUUCCACCGGGAUUUAAAGCCUGAGAAUCUAUUACUCGACGAGAACGGCGAUCUCAAGGUUUCCGAUUUUGGGCUUAGUGCCGUGACGGACCAGGUAAGAGAAGAUGGUUUCCUGCACACGCUUUGCGGGACCCCGGCUUAUGUAGCACCCGAAAUAUUGAGCAAGAAAGGAUACGACGGAGCUAAGGUGGACGUUUGGUCCUGUGGGGUGAUUUUGUACGUUUUGACGGUGGGUUAUUUGCCGUUUAACGAUCCAAAUCUGAUGGCCAUGUACAGGAAAAUCUACCAAGGCGAGUAUAGAUGUCCUAAAUGGAUGUCAUCCGAGCUCAAACGGUUUUUGUCUCGUCUUUUGGACACCAAUCCCGCGACUAGGAUAACUAUUGAGGAGAUCAAGCGAGACCCUUGGUUCAAGAAAGGGUACAAGGAGAGGAAGUUUUACGAGGAAGAUUUUGUUGAAUUUAAUGAUGACAAGGUUAUUAAGGAUGAUCGGGUGAUUCAAGGUUCCACGAGUUUCAACGCCUUUGACCUAAUCUCGUUAUCUUCCGGGUUGGACCUUUCCGGGCUGUUCGACGAAUCGUGUAGCUCCGCCCGGUUGGCCGUGGAGGAUUCUCCGGAGAAGAUCAUUGAGAGGGUGUCGGAGGUGGCAAAAGGGGUGGAAAACGCGAGGUUGAAGAGGAAGAAGGAAUGGGGCGUGGAGUUACAGGGUCACCGGGAUAGCGGUAAAUUCGUAAUUGGAUUGGACGUUUUCCGGCUGACUGAUAGUAUGGUAGUCGUGAACGCCAAGAAAAGAGCCGGAGAUGCGGGAUUCUUUCAUGAAUUAUGGGAAAAGAGAAUUAGGCCGGCAAUUCUGGGCCAACAGCAGGGGGUGGAAUUGCAGGCUUCAACCUCUGGCUCUAGUUGCUGCUAGCGACGAUUCUUUGCACCCGAUGGCGAAAAAAAGUAUUCAGAUUGGGUGAACCCAAAUGAUGAUUCAUAAUCAUUACACAAAUUUUAUUUCUUGGUGAUCAUAAUUAUAGAGUCCGUGUUUGUCUGUACAUGUAUGUACAUGAUUGUAAACAAGAGGAAGAAGGUAAUUCUUGUCUGGGUUUAUCGAUAAUUACCUAGGCAGGAUUUAAACCAUUUUUUACUACUAGUUUUUUAUUUAUUUAUUUAUUUUAUAGAGUCGAGCCUCUUACAUGGGGAAGAAAAAUGACUCGUUAAAGCAUGAAAUGGAUUAGCGUCCAGUUAUGGUGUUGUAUUAUUCUGUCAAAAGUGUAUACACCAUUAUUAAGCAGCCGGCAAAUGUAUGCGGUGCCAACUGCCAAGUCCGAUUUGAUUCUCGCUGUACAUAUAUUCAAUAAAAGUCGACUGAAUCAUUUUGGCUAAUA